GGCAUUUUUCAUUAUACGCGUUAGGUUACUCCAGGGUCGGCGAUUCUACUUUCCAGCGCCCUGGGCGCCGUUGUGGGAUAAGGUUCGACUCUGCAAGCGGGGAAAGCGAAGUUCCUGUGAGGAUGAAGCUGGUGCAGUGGCCCGUGUUCAUUGCUGGGCUCAUGUGGGGAGUUCUGCUGGCAUGGGCAGAAGGAGAUGGUUAUGAUGUGGGCGGAUUUGGAGGAGGCCAGGCCGAUCUUGACUGUUCUGGAGCAGGUCAGGGAGGAGCCGGAUGUGGCUGUGGCUGUAUGUGUCCAGCGCCCAGAGGACCACGGGGAGGCCCAGGACCCAGAGGCCUGCCCGGACCUGGAGGUCCGGAGGGAAUCCAGGGACCAAAAGGAGACAUGGGGAUGCCGGGACUGCCGGGGGAUCAGGGCAUGAAGGGACACCAGGGAUUAAGAGGACCACAAGGCCCUACAGGUCCUCCAGGGCCAAGUGGGCCUGAAGGCCCGGCUGGUCGGCCGGGGGAUAAAGGCUUCAAGGGCGACCAAGGCUUACCCGGCAAGGGCGGGGAGAAAGGAUUACGGGGAAUGCAGGGUUUACCCGGGAUACCAGGAGAACCGGGGAUGCUUGGUGAGCAGGGACCUAUGGGUAUGCCUGGUUUGUGUGGUCCUAAGGGUGACAAAGGUCAUCCAGGAUUACCAGGUCAACCGGGACAGUCAAUUGAAGGCAGACCCGGUCCACCCGGCCCACUGGGACCUCGCGGUGAUAAAGGUGACUCGGGGCUGCCGGGCGCUCCUGGACCGUCAGGAAUAACUGUCAAGGGAGACCGGGGAGAGCCCGGGCAAGGAGGGCUGCCAGGUCAGCAGGGCCCUCCUGGUCUGCCUGGAUUAAGAGGUCCACCUGGUGAAGCAGGUCGGGACGGUUUCCCAGGACUCAAAGGUGACAAGGGGAUAGGCAUCCCAGGUCAGCCGGGUCAGCCCGGGUUGCCAGGCGAACAGGGGCGGCCAGGCUUCCCGGGGGCCAAGGGACACGCAGGCCUCCCCGGUCCCGCAGGUCCAGCUGGAGCACCAGGGUUUGGCAGGAAGGGAGACAUCGGUCUGCCAGGUCCGCCCGGCCUACAGGGGCCGUCAGGACUGCCAGGUCAGAAAGGAGACCAGGGAUAUGGGCUUCCAGGACCUCCGGGCAAGGCAGGCCUUCCAGGUGCUCCCGGGUUUCCAGGUGUUAAAGGAGACAUGGGUUACCCUGGAGAAGCUGGUACAAACAUGUACCUCAUAACUCGUCACAGCCAGACCAUUCAGGUACCAGAGUGUCCAUUUGGUACCAAGAAGAUGUGGGAAGGAUAUAGUUUGUUACACAUGGAGGGCAAUGAAAGAGCACAUGGACAGGAUUUAGGUAUGUCAGGAUCAUGUCUUCCCAAGUUCAGUCCAAUGCCAUUCCUCUUCUGUGACAUCAACUUCAUGUGCAACUUUGCCAGUAGAGACGACAAAUCCUAUUGGCUCUCCACUGUCGCCACCCAACGAGAUCUUCCAGACAAACCCUUGAAAGGAAGAAGGAUGUUGGAUAUCAUCAGCCGGUGUGUGGUGUGUGAAACCAAAUCUGUGGUCAUGGCUGUGCACAGCCAGGCUCCGACCAUCCCUGACUGUCCCAUGGGCUGGAUGAACGUCUGGACAGGCUACAGUUUCCUCAUGCACACGGCGGCAGGUGAGGGUUCGGGCCAGGCCCUGCACAGCCCCGGCAGUUGUCUGGAGAAGUUCCGCCCAGCGCCGUUUGUUGAGUGCCACGGAGCCCAGGGAACCUGCCAUUUCUUCGCCAACAAGUUCAGCUUCUGGCUGGCGUCCUUACCUGACUUCUACACCCCCGAACAGAACCCCGCCGCCUACGAAGCUACCAGUGGCUACGUUACAGAGAUGCCCAAAGUCGGCUUACAACUCAAUGACAUAGAAAUGAGAAUCGGCAGGUGCAGAGUUUGUAUGUGGGGGGGAUAGUUGUUCACAUGUAACCAAUGGCUGUGUUUGUCAACACGUGUGCAGCAGUGAUUACCUUGAAGUAAGAAGGGUAUCAGAACUUCAUGGGUUGGAUCAACAUUAAUAUAGCUACAACUGGACACAUGAAGUAGUAAGAAUUAGGCUCAGUUGUACAAGAGUUCACAGAUUGUACAAAUUGGUCAUGUUAUGAUAGGAACUGGCAAGGGUAAAACAACUUCUUAAGUAUUAUACUGAGAUACUAAGUUUGUUGAUAAGAUUUGGAAUAUUUGUAUUUAAACUAUGAUAUUUUCUGUCAUGGAAGUAAGCUUUUCCAACAAGAGCUUAGAUCCCAGUUUACACAAUAGAGUUGUUAUGGCAAGCUGCUUUGUUUACCAGAUCUUGCUGCUUGUUUGUAAUAAUCCAUACAUGUGUGUGACAUUCUUUACUAUAAUAGGAACUAGAUAGUGGUGAUCGCAGAAUGUAUGGACCAGUAGGUACUCUGAUAUUCACCGUGCAUCCUUAUUGUCACUUGUGGUGCUACAUGUAAAAACGACAUGAUGUUAUAUUUACAGGGUAGACAUUUGGGCAAUACCGUGCGCUGCCCCAUGCCCCUGUUCUACUACCAU